AUGGUAAUUGCUGCACACAAGGCCAUCGACACGGAGCUGAAGAGACCUUCCAAAAAGAACGUCGUCCCGGUGCGGGAGCGGAGAAGAAGCUCGGUGAUCGUGAAGAAGCAUUCCACCUCCUCAUCGAAUUCUCUGCAGAAGCUGAGCGGGCUCUGCCGGGGGAUGUGCUGUCCGAACCUCUUGACUCGGCUGCAGGAGAAGCUGCAGGACAUGCGGUGA